UGUCACCGAAGGCAUCAUACGUGUAUUUUUCCGGUCCUUGUCCUUUCCCUCAGCUUCACAUUGUCGGCGAGAAUAAUCGCACGGUUGCACUCGCAGAAUAAGUUGCCGUAAAAAUGUUAGGCUCGUUUAAAUUUGUGUUACUUUUAAGUUUAAUUUAUUUAUGUAAAGCGGCUGAAGAAGAUGUACUAGACCUUACAGACUCCGACUUUUCUUCCUUAGUAUCCGAGCAUGAUACAGCACUCGUCAUGUUUUACGCACCUUGGUGCGGUCAUUGUAAGAGAUUGAAACCGGAAUACGCGCAAGCGGCCGGCAUCCUGAAGAACGAUGAAACUCCGGUGAUGCUUGCGAAAGUAGAUUGUACGGAAGGUGGAAAGAGCACCUGCGAGAAGUUCUCCGUGUCAGGCUACCCUACGCUUAAAAUCUUCAGAAAAGGCGAACUAUCUCAAGAAUAUAACGGACCUAGAGAAUCAAAUGGUAUUGUGAAAUACAUGCGGGCGCAAGUUGGACCUAGCUCUAAGGAUCUGCUGACUGUAGCUGAUUAUGAAGCAUUUACUUCCAAGGAUGAGGUUGUUGUUGUUGGAUUCUUCGAAAAGGAGACAGACCUCAAGGGAGAGUUCCUCAAGACAGCUGACAAAAUGCGUGAGGAAGUCACCUUCGGCCAUUCUUCUGCUAAGGAGGUUCUAGAAAAAUCUGGAUACAAGGACAAUGUCGUACUGUUCCGUCCUAAACGUCUGCAGAACAAGUUUGAAGAGUCUUCAAUAGAGUACAAAGGCGACAACCUCAAGGCCUUCAUCAAGGAGAACUACCAUGGUUUAGUAGGCGUGCGUCAAAAGGACAACAUUCAGGACUUUACCAACCCCCUGGUGGUGGCUUACUACGAUGUUGACUAUGUCAAGAACCCCAAGGGUACCAACUACUGGAGGAACCGUGUGCUUAAGGUAGCAAAGGAGAUGAGCGAGGUGAACUUUGCAGUGAGUGACAAGGAUGACUUCACUCACGAGCUGAAUGAAUAUGGCAUGGAUUAUGUGAAGGCAGACAAGCCCAUUGUUGCGGGACGAGAUGCUGAUGGCAACAAAUUUAUCAUGACUGCUGAGUUCAGCAUUGAGAACUUACUCGCUUUCACUAAAGAUCUGAUUGGCGGUAAACUGGAGCCCUUCAUCAAGUCGGAGGCUCUGCCGGAGAACAACGAUGGACCGGUUAAGGUGGCUGUUGGCAAGAACUUCAAGGAGCUGGUGACCGACAGCGGUAGGGACGCUCUUAUUGAGUUCUAUGCCCCCUGGUGUGGACAUUGCCAGAAAUUGGCUCCAGUGUGGGAUGAACUUGGUGAAAAACUCAAGAAUGAAGAUGUCGACAUUGUGAAGAUCGACGCGACCGCCAACGACUGGCCCAAGUCCCUCUUCGAUGUAUCUGGCUUCCCCACUAUCUACUGGAAACCCAAGGAUUCGGACAAGAAACCCGUCAGAUAUAACGCCGGCCGGUCGUUGGAAGACUUCCUGAAAUACGUAUCAGAGCAUGCGUCCAGUGAGCUCAAAGGCUGGGAUAGGAAGGGUGUUGCCAAGAAGGACGAGUUGUAGGCAACAUUGUGAUGAACUUUCUAUGAAAGAUCUGUGUGUGAAUGUAAAGUGUGAGAGUGCCUGCUAAUGUUAUAGAUAACUCAUUUGUUUUGAUAUGAUACAGAGUAUAUACACAGAAUAAAUAAUUUUUACACAUCACAAUUUUAAAAGUAGCAACACUUUAUGCUACCUUAAAUAGAAAUUAAUUGAUAUAGGGCAACACUUUACAAUUGUCUCGAAUAAUUUUAUAUCAUUGUUGAAAUAGAUUUUAAUAUUAAAUAGGGGCACAAUUGUAUCUGAUCAAAACAAAUUAGAAUCUAUCAGAUAAUUCUAAAUACAGUAAUAUUAAAUGCAUUUCUUAUAUGUGUCAGUGGGAUAAUGAAAUAAAUUAGGAAAUAUUUAUAUA